AUGUCACUGCCAGCAAUGCUAUUGGGCGAGACAAUGAGUGAACUCGUUCAAGCAACUCAGUUUGCAAGAAACAUUGUGCAGAUCAGAAAAACAUCGUACGACCCAAAAACUCCUCCCCUGAAGAGAAAACCUAUGCAGAGCAAGAAUCUGGAGGACACGUGGCAGGCAAUGCAUGCGCGGAGGAAGAGAGAGAAGAAGCAAACCGUGCGUGUAGGUCCCGAUACUUCUUCCCCGCACGCGAAAUCCAAAAUAAACUUCAAGGUUUCAUCAUCUUCUUCUUCUUCUCCUUUGUACAAAGAGUGUGGGAAACAAAAUUGUAGGUAUGUAGUAUCAGCCAAUAGGGUCUCGCCGAGAAAUAAACCGUGGGCUCGAAAGACUGUCCUUUUCCCGAACCCAUUGUUCCAUUCGUCCCGUUCGCCCACACGAGAAAAUAAAAAUAUUCCGGUGAUCACGAGAAGUAAUCAUCGUCAAAUUCAAACUCCACAUAAGUUUCUGAUCAAAAGCCCUCCAAUGAAAUCGGCAAACACACUCGAGGGAAGAAAAUACGAGGAGAAGGUAUUGAUGGAAAUCGAGAAAAGUCGAAACACGGCGCACAAGUUAUUGAUGAUGCAAGGGAAAAUCAAAAGCCCGUCAAAGACUAACUCCUCAAGAAGAAUAACGGCUGGUUCGGGCAAGAAAUUAUCACCACCACCGGCCAAGAAGUCACGGAGAUCAUUUUCUCCGGCGAGGCUUGCAAACAGGAUUGUGCUUUCGCCUUUGAAAUUGAGGAGCUCUAUAUGCAAAAGAAUGGAGGGUCUGUGA